AUGAAGUUCGCCAAACAGUUGGAACAGGAUCUGGUCCCAGAAUGGCGUGCCAAGUAUCUCGACUAUAAAACUGGCAAGAAAUACAUCAAGGCCAUUGUGCGAGCUGCCAAUCGAAUAACCACGACUCCACAUGUUCAACCAAACCCUUCAAAUGCCAACCAACCUGGGACCACGUCCCCUUCUACAUUCCGAACACUCGCAAGUCUCAAUGGCGGACCCGCGGUACCUCUACGCGAUUCUCCAGCGCCGCUGGGAGCAGAUUCACGAAGAGAGUCACAAGAAACGUCUGGAAGUCCAUCAGUCCCGCCGAAAACGUCGACACCACCAAUAGAAAUUUCGCCCACCGUACGACCGGCAACUCCUUCAGCGCCUCCUGCUGGAUAUGGCAGCUUUGUGCCAACGCCUCCAAGUAGGAAGCCUAUUCCUUUCGAACUUCCCGAGCCCGCAAUUGGACAUGACCCCUUUCAGCAGGGUUUGGAUCAAUCUGGUACAAAACAUCCUCCGCAUACUCUACCUAGACGAAGCGCCUCUACGAGUGUCAUCCCAAAUGCCUAUGAAGUUGGUCCAGUUGCGCACCCGCCGAGAUCUGCACUCGCUUUCAUUCGUGAGCGAAUUCCCCCCCACAACGUUCAAGCAUCGGUGCGGCGGAUAUUGCCAUCAGUAGGAACUCCCUCGACUCCCUCUGCUUCCCGCCGAGCAGAUGUGGAUAUGACAGCAAUUCAUCAAGUAAAAUCCAGGCAGAAAGACUUUUUCACAUGGCUAGAUAAGGAACUAAACAAGGUCGAGACGUUCUACAAGUCCAAGGAGGACGAAGCCGGGAUGCGGCUAACCGUUUUGCGGGAUCAGCUGCAUGAGAUGCGAAAUAGGAGAAUUGAUGAGGUUGCAGCGGCUCAAUCCACAAAAGCUGUGAAGCCUACUCGACGUGAGGACGAGACGUCUAGAUCCGAGCUUUCUAGCUCCCGAUCCAAUGGACACCACCAAUCUGAUGACGAGCCCAGCCGACCAGUUUCACGGGAUCAUCUGGAUGCCUGGCUUAACCCGCUGGAAAAGGCCAUCGAGAACGCGAAAGUCAAAGCGUUUAGACCAAGACCAGGGUCAAACUCUAGGGCCUUGCAAAACAUGAUGGACUCUCCUGAGUUGAGUGCCAAGCCUCAAGCUGAGCGGGACCGGAUCAUAAAUCAGAUGGACCAAAGUCGGGAUUACGUCCGGCGACCUCACUAUCCGGAUGAAGUUCCAUAUCGAACCGCCAAAAGGAAACUAAAACUUGCCCUGCGGGAAUUCUAUAGGAGCAUGGAGCUUCUCAAGUCAUACGUAUUAUUGAAUAGAACUGCAUUCCGAAAGAUAAAUAAGAAGUAUGACAAGGCAGUUGGAGCAUAUCCUCCGCUACGAUACAUGUCUGAAAAAGUCAACGAGGCUUGGUUUGUCCGAAGUGAUGUUCUAGACCGGCAUCUAUGGGCUGUUGAAGACUUGUAUGCGAGAUAUUUCGAACGAGGCAAUCACAAAGUUGCAACUGGAAAACUCAGAAAUUCCUUCGAGAAGGCAGCUGACCAGUCCGCCAGCUCUUUCCAAAACGGUAUUCUUAUUGGAAUUGGAGCUGUCUUCGGCAUACAGGGCUGGCGUUUGAUUUGGGCUGGAUUAUACCCUGUGGAGUUUCGGGACUUCUUCCUUGGAGACAUGUAUUGUUCUUUGACAUACUGCAUGAGUAACAUAGAGUUAUUCUUCUGUUUAUACGCGCAUGGCUGGAAUGAUCCAGGCCAAUGUAAUUCAACACACUCUAGGCUACUCGGCUUCUUCUCAACACUUCCUGGAAUCUGGAGAGCACUGCAAUGUUUAAGGCGUUAUCGCGAUACCCGAAAUAUUUUCCCACAUCUUGUCAAUUGUGGGAAAUAUGCCAUGACUAUUUUAUUCUACGUCACCUUGAGUAUGUAUCGCAUCGACAAAACUCGAAGUAGCCUCGCUCUUUUCACAACAUUCGGCGUCGUCAACGCAAUUUACAGCUCUAUUUGGGAUAUUCUUAUGGAUUGGUCUCUUCUGCAGCCGAAUGCAUCGAAACGCUUUCUCCGAGACGUUCGUGGCUACAAAUCUGCAUGGUGGUAUUAUGCGGCCAUGACAAUCGAUCCAAUCUUGCGGUUCAACUGGAUAUUCUACUCAAUCUACACCCACGACCUACAGCACAGCACCAUAGUCUCGUUUCUGGUGUCAUUCUCUGAAAUCACGCGUCGUGGAAUAUGGAUAAUAUUCCGCGUUGAGAAUGAACACUGCUCGAACGUUGCACGCUUCAAAGCCUCUCGCGAUGUGCCCCUACCGUACUCUAUUCCUGCUGAGUCCGAGGAAGAUUUCCAGCGAUUAGAAUCCAUAUCUGAAACUGGGACGAGAGAGUCGCCGCCCGCUAUCUCCCGUCAUCGCAGUUAUACCGCAACCGCACUAGAAGCACAAGAAUCUCCAAGCGGCACUUCGCUGAGGAGGCGACCAACUCCUGUUCGGGCGUUUACGAAGAUGGUAGCCGACGCACACACACAAGAUUUCGAGAAGAAGAGAAAGCCGGAUACCAAAGAUCAUGAUAAGCUUGCAGACAGAGGCAGAGAUAAUGCUGCUGAUGACGACGAUCCCGCAGCGGGAAGUAGCGACGAGGACGACGAUACGGAUGAUGCACAGGAUGUCUAUCAUGCCGAGGACCUUGUCAGGGAGGGCAGGAGAGCUUCAACGGCGGGUGAGGGGAGCACUAGAUAG